AUGGCUACUUCGCAAGCCUCUGAGCAUCCUCUUUUCACAAGAUUGAGGGACCUCAUCGCCUUUUUUCCGGAAUCCAAAGAUGAAUAUAAUUCCAAACAUUGCCGUGGGCCCAAAAAAGAUAAUGGCCGCUGUAAUCGUGGGCGGACAUGUAUAUCGGACGAAGCCAAGACCCUUUGGUUGGAGAUUGAGAAGACAAACACCUGUCCAGACAUGACCAUUUUUUACUUACGAGUUGAGCAAUUGCUUGGAGCCACUCACUGUUAUCAGCACAUCCAAAUGGUCCUGCCAUUGUUCCAAGAGUGGAAGGAGAAACACCGCCUGUAUCCCGCCUUGACUGAUGCCCCAACUGCGACUUCAUCUGGGACGCAAGAGCCCAAUCGAGUCUUGAUAGAGGAUUCAGACGAGGCGUCACAGCCAGAAACACCAGAUUCAGAGAUAUUCGAUCACUCUUGCUUCAGCGAUACCGAGCUUGUUCCUACCCCUCUCACUGAAGCCGACUCAGUGAGAACUCCCAUCCAGGGUCCGACUUGCAUCCUUGAUAGUUCCAUGCCAGACACUCCACCUGGUCCAGUUGAUCAGGCCCCCUCGCCCAUCCCAAAUAACGACAACUCUACCGUCAAUGCAAUCACAAAAGAUAUCUCAACUUUGUCUCUCAGCCAUGCCCACUCGACCUCAGACACGUUCCCUGUUUACAGCAGGCCAGCCCAUGCAGAAAGUGUCCCAGAAGACGAUGAGAUUUCUUUUCAGGGAAAAUCAGAGAGGCUGUCGGUCAUUCCAAGGAGAAAGCCAGUUGCUGAACAAACUGUUUCUGAUGUUUCACCAGUCCAGAGAAAAGCCCCUGAGGAUGAAGAUGAAUCUUUCGACCAACCAAUUAAUAUUGAGGGUAUCGGCAAAGGUCGACUUUAUCGACAGGAGACUUUGAAGAAAGGCUCACCUAUCCUCAAGGCUCUCACCACUCCCCCUACUUUGAACCAGCUGAAACAUGGAGUCGUAUAUGUGUUACAGCACACCAAAGACGAAAGAGUCUUCAAAAUCGGAUACACCGCGAAAAAUGCUGUCGUGAGACAAAAUCAGCCUAGAAAUUGCUAUGGGAAAAAUACCAAGGUCGUCUAUGAAUCCAAGACUGACUUUGCUGGCGCUAAUAAAGCCGAACUGCUGGCACAUGCAUUCCUUGGAAAUCACAAUCUCAAAGUUCACGAGUGCGAGUCUUGUGGUGGAAGUCACAGGGAAUGGUACUAUGAUCUCACAGGCGACGUUCUCAUCGCCACGCUCAAAGUUAUGGAAGACUUUGUUCAGUUGCCGGCCUAUGAGUUGAAGGCUGGCGAGAAAGAGGGCGGAAAAAUGGAGGUGUCGCAAGAGGCAAAAAGGAGAAUCAAAAGCAUGUUCGACAUUUCUAUCCAAGUGCUUCAAGGCUCGAUGGGUACACAUAACAUGCCGGCCAGCAUUCAAAUGGAUUCGAGGGAAAGCGCAGAAGCAAACGAUGUAACUGCUAUGCAGACUGCUGUCCCUCAGGCCACGGCUGAUAUCCCUCUCGAGCCAAUAGAGGCAGAGUCCUCAAAGAACUCAAAGCCAUUUACUGCCGCAAACCUGGGUCAUCUCGUGGGGAACACGAUGGGAAAACUUGAAAAACUGAAACAGAGGGUUCAAGACUCACUUUCCAGAGAGGGUACGCCUGAGUCUAGCGAUUCUCGACAACCGCCAAGUGAGGGUGAGAACUUCUUUAUCACCUUUCUCUGGACCCUUGGAGGUGGCAAUUCCGAAGAUGCUGCUUCGAAGAAUGGUAAGGCUACUCGGGGAUUGAGCGCGCUUGUCCAAGCUGCAAUACAUAAAACGGACAAGCUCAAGGAGGAGUUUGCGACAGGUGUACAAGAGGGUAAAGCGGCGAGCUAA